GACGGUCCUCCUCCUCCGAAAGGGUGAACCACCCCCGGCAAGGAACCUAACCUUCUUCCACUACACCUUGCCUCAUCCCCAGAACCAGGUUCAGUUCCCAGGCCUGGCCCCAACCCGCACACUACCUCUACCUCUACCUCUACCUCUACGUACAACCCAAAACCUCAUCCCAUCCCGUUGCGUCUUGUCGUCCGACCAUUCCAUUCCUCUGAUCAUCAGCUUCAGGUCCGCCGCCGACAAGCCCCUCUCAGCCUCUUGUCGCUUGUAUUCGGUUCCCCGCGUUCCAACCCGCACUUUGGGUGUGCCCGCGCGCCCGUCGUCACUCCUUUACCUGGCCGACAAUAAGAAGAUCAAUUCUCUUCUCUUACGACGACUUCUCUUCGCCCGCUCUUUUCUCUCGAAUAUUUGUCGGUAUACUGCCAUCAAAACACCAGCAAACCCAAAGACCUGGAUGUGACGCGAGAUCGUCCUCUUCUUUUCGUUUCUUCAUCACACUCGCUCACUGUGUUAUUUUGACAUACCGAAACUUCCCACGCCCGAUCGACCGAGGAUAUCAAAUUGGAAGACUACAGAAAUUGGUGCUGUGCGAUAAACGGAUUGGGACAUCGUAAAGAUACCUCGACUUCUCAGCACUAUUGACCCUGCAGCUUUCGCAACACCAGACUCACCUCUUGCCCGGGUUUUCCAUUGCAGAACCUCUCUGCUUUUGUUGACCAUAGAAAGCGGGUAUACGACUUUGGACUCGCCCGAUAACGGCGGCGAAACAUACGAAACGCAACACUGCAUCUGAACAGGUUGACGGGACGUCGCUUGAUUCGUCUUGCCGUAUCACCGACCAGAUCGCUUCGGGUGAACCCUCGCAAAAAUACGAUCUGCACUACAUCCCUGGAUGGAAUGCAAAUCUCACCAUCCGCCACUCUGAUCUGAUCUGAUCUGGGGCAGUUCUUAUAAUCGGGUCUCACUCCUCUCCGUCAGUGUGAGCUUGUUUAUAUCCCGACACCGCACCUCAAACCGCCAGCAUGAAUCGCUUCAGAAAUAAGAAGAAGGCCAAGGAGGAGGCCGCCGCCGCCGCCACCGCCGCCGCAGUCGCCCGCUCUAGCGAAGACUCGGAGCAAUCCUCCUUGUCAGGCUUCAAGGGGUUCAGGAAGGGGAAGAAGGCACCGGUAGAGGAACCCAAGCUGGAAUUCGAUCUCUCGACAGCCCUUCCUUCCGACGACAACUUCCGCACAAGUCUUCUCAUGACAAACCUAUCUGCGCGCUUUUCCAUGCUAAGAGAACAAGAUGACCCCAACACCAAGAUUGGCAAGGCCAGCGACGACAGUGUAUUACACCCAAAGCGACAAUCGCGACUUCCCGACUUUGGUUUUGGUGCCGCCGGAGGUCUUGGGGACAUUGCGGAGGUGGAGUCCAUCAAGGCUCCUUCUCACUUUUUCAGGAGCGAUUCGAUUGCUUCUUCUGACUUCGACAAUGGUGGAAGCAUAUUAAGUCGCGGAAAACCUAUUGAGGGUAACAACCUGUUUGGUGGAAGGCAAAAGAUCUACAAAGUGCCUGCUACCAAGUCCGGCGGCCUGGGAGGCCGGGCAUUGUACGCCGAUGACGAUGUCGCCUUGUCCGCUUUUCAGCGUUGGCGUAUUUCUGAAAAAGAAAAGGAGCAGCAAGAGCAUGCAACUGAAGAGGAGCAUGAGCAGGCGAAUGCCCAUGAAGACCACCCACGAUCCGAAUCACCACCCCCCCUGGGAUACAAUUUCAAACGGGAGACGAGUUCGACUACCUCGUCGGCUUCCAUCAUGGCGCGCAAUUCCACUGCUGCCAACUCGAUCGCAUCACAGCCUGCAGGUUACGUGUCAACUGCUCCUACCUCGGGCGCUUCUACUCCCGCUCUUGACCGAUCGGUGACCCAUAAGAGACGUCUAUACGAGCAAAGCACGAGCCAAGAUGGGCCAGAACAAUCCUCUGUGCUAUCGAGGAUCGAGUCUCUCAACCGCCAGAAGACCGCGGCCUCGGGCGUCAAGGCCCUUGGUGACCGGCUGGGCGAGGAACGGACCCUCGCAAGCAAAACAAGCGCCCCUCAGCUAAGGUCAGUCAGUCUUCCGAUCACUACUCCUGCGACUGGUACUGGGGACUUGGGAAAUGGGGCUGCUCCUCAAGCGGAUCCCGAGCUAAACUUUGGUGGCUCUCCUCCACUCAGUCCCCCCAUCAGCGAGACUGGCGAACCGCUCCCUCUGUUGCCCAUUCAGCCUAACGAUGUUGGAAAAGCCACCGCUAUGGGAGUGUUUCAGAAGCCUUUGCAACCAUACGACGAGACCAAGUACGCCCAGCGCCAAAUCCAGCUGCAGCAGGGUCGCGAGACGCCAACCCAUCGCUUCCGGGCAGAGUCUGAUGCUUCCUUCGCUACCGCUCGCUCACAGGAGUCAUCUACCCACGGGCAGCCCUUUGAGGGACGAGGGGAUCCUCUCAGGACUCAGCCAGCAUUGGAAGAAGAGCCCUCGACUACCGAAUUCGAUUCGCAAACACCCGAAAGUCUUCAAGCUGAAGCUUUAGCAGCCCUUUCCGGUCAGCUCAGCCUUCAGCGUCCUGCCGAUGAGGAACACCCUGCGCUAAGGGGGGCUGCUGCUCCACCCCCGCUUUCUAUCAGCACAUCAGCAAAGUCUGAAAACCCAAGAAUCUCUAUCGAAGAGUCAAUGGAGCCUGCAUCGGCAGACUCUCCUACUCUUGGCCCCAACGCUGGACUUGGUGGCCUAGUCCGUUCACACCUUCGCUCAGGCAGCAAUGCUUCCUCGAUCUGGAGUGCCCCCACACAAAACAACGAUCCCGAGCCGCGACCGCUCAAUAUGUUGCCGGACCCCAAGAUCACUCCAUGGAUUGCGCAGGAACAAGAAUGGACAUUGAACUAUUACGGAAACGGUGCCAAACCAAACACUGACAACCAGGCAGCUGAAGCAGUGCAGAAGGAAACACCUGUCGUAGACUCCGCACCCUCCAACCGGUCGAGCAGUGCGACCAAUCACGGGCUAUCCAAGCCUUCAAACAGAUCCAGUAAUACUGACAGCGAACUGGACGAGUUCGCAAGUCAACUGGCCGAGGCUCGGCGACGAGUGAAGGAAAGGCUGACUUCUUAUGCCGAGUCUGAUAGCAGCAGAGCGACAUCACCAGUUAGACAGCCAGAACUCCCCUCCCACAAAGGCAGCCAAUCCUCCCUGAACCACUUGAACAUCAACAUCCUCAAAGCAAAGUCAAGUAGUAGCUCUCUGGUAGAUCGCUCACGGAAUAAUUCGGGAAGUCAACCCAAGUCCAGCCUAAAGCUUCUGGGACUUGGGGGCGCCAGGAGCAGUUCUCGGAGCCCAACCAAGGAUUCAUUCGACGUGAGGGAGACAGCCGUACAAGCGAUCCCAGAGAGGAGCAAGGCGCGCCAGGCCCGUCAUAGUUCCGAGACUGAGAACGACAAUUCAACUCAGUCCACAAAUGACAAAGAAGAUACUUGGAACGCUCACCCGGGUUUGAUGGCAUUCAGAAAUGCCAAGCGCGAGCUGCAGAAGCGGAAGGAACUUGAGGCUCUUGCACAACAGCAGCUUUCCACGACCGCGCCGUCUCUUGAUGAGUCAAGCAAUAUGGAACCGCUGGCAUUGCAAUCGCCUCCAAGAGCUCCGAGGAGGGGACGAACGUCGAGCAGGGACGGGAAGGCACAUCCCAUGCAGUAUAGUUCACGCGGCCCUAGUCAGGAGCGUGGAUAUGGAAUGCAUCGUGACUCUCCUACUGCUCACGUCAUGCCUGGCAGCCGUGAGAGAAGUGAUUCGGAUGCCAAGCGGGGAAGAUCAACGUCCAAAAGCCGCCGGCUGCACCAUCUCAUGCUGCAACAAGACGGGAAUAUGGCGCCUGGGAGCCCUCGCGGCCCACUGCGCUCUCCUGGCCUUCCUGAUACAAAUGUCAAGCAGUCUCCCAUCAUGCCAACCCAAGGCUAUUCUAACCGCGGUGCCCCUUCUCCCUUGCCUUCGCCUCAUUUACUUGAAAGAUCCAAGUCUGCAGGCAAUCUGAAAGCCGGUCGUUCGGUAUACGGUGCCUACCCGGGACCGCCGUCACCCGCAUCGCCAAUGCCUUCUUCGCCGUAUACUGCAGGACCUGCGGGAUCCCCGGCGGGAACGCCAACCUUCGGUUCCAAAUCAAGACAGCUCAUUUCAGAAACAGCGAAACGCUUCGUAGACAAGCGGGAAAUCUCUGAGCCGAAGUUUGUGAUGGCAACCAGCCGUAUGCCGACGAUGGAUCUGCCUCAUGGCUACUCACAGGAAGGCGGGUCUCGCCCGAGCAGCCGUGCGGGAGUACCACCUGUACCUACCACGGCACCUCCAGUUCCACCCAUCAACCCUCGUCGCAAACGCGAGAGCCCACGCGACACGCCUGAUGGUGCCGGCAUGGGAGUACCUCGCCCUCCAUAUGCAAAUCAAACAGAGAGCAUGGCUGUAUCCGAUGCUGAAACGCAAAGUGCCUUCUCUGUUAGUGACGACGAAGAGCCCGGAAAAUCCGACUACCGGCGACGGUUGCGCAAACCUCACAUCGAGUCAUAUGGACGUGUUGGGCGAGCUCUUGCUAAUAUGGGGGAGAAUGGUUCAACAUUCUCUCUCAAACAAGCCGAGUCGCAGCACAAAUAGCCCCAUUGGCAUGCUCCAAGCCCAUCUCAUGUCUUGUUUGGAAGCCGAUUGGUGCAGGCAUCUCCGUCAUUGAUUUGCACAAACCAUUUAUCUGUCAUUUUCCGAUCCUUGAAACCCGUCUUUUCUUUCUUCAGGGGCUGUGUUGCUUUCGGGUUAUGAGGCGAGCAGCAAUGGAGGCAGGAGUGGCCGCCGUGCUGACUUGAAUGGGGCUUAUGAAAUCCAGAUACCUCUGCAUUUAUAUCAACUUCGUGUACAAACUUUGUUAUAUCUUUCUUUCACUUUUUGUUUGGGUUCUUUGUUGAACAUUUCGUCUCAUAGUGUUUUAGACUUCUUGCCCGUCUCUAGCGGCUUGCGCAGUACCUGGGGUGCUGCGCGUUGAGAACAAACAAGAUGUAGGAUUCCGUGUACGGCAGCAGCGGGUUAGUCACUUCUUGAUAGAGACUGGCUCGGGAAAAGUAUUUAUGGACUCCAUCACGUUGACGAGGAGGGGAAUGUAUUAAUCAGGUGGAAUGGGGAACGGAGAAUGAGCCAUGGGUGUACGGAUACGGCUGGAUGCCGGCGGUAGGCGGGGAGGUGAUUCCCAGCACUGUGCUUUUGGGAGGUUCUUAGGUAAUAGGAAAUAUACCAACUUCUGUUCAAGACCCAAGUUCGAGAGCAGCUGGG